UCUUCACUUGUUUUCCCCACACAAGUUUCUUCACUACUCACACAUAAAAAAGAAAAAAACAAGGCAACAGAAAUGGAAUUCUCCCCCUCUGUGUUUUUCCUAUCAUUUGCUUCCAUUCUAUUGCUUGUAGGAGGACUUCUCUUCAAGUCCCUCCUCAAAUUCUUUGCUUCUGAUCGCCCCCAGAGUUUGCCACUCCCUCCCGGCACCAUGGGAUGGCCUUAUAUGGGUGAAACAUUCCAACUCUACUCUCAAGACCCCAAUGUCUUCUUUGCCUCUAAGAGAAAGAGGUAUGGCUCUAUCUUCAAGACCCACAUCUUGGGCUGUCCCUGUGUCAUGAUAUCCAGCCCUGAAGCUGCAAAAUUUGUCCUUGUAACCAAAUCCCAUCUCUUCAAGCCAACAUUUCCGGCUAGUAAAGAAAGGAUGUUAGGCAAAGAAGCCAUAUUCUUUCACCAGGGAGCCUACCACAUGAAAUUGAGAAAGCUUGUUCUUCGUGCUUUCUUGCCUGAAGCAAUAAAAAACAUCGUCCCUGAUAUUCAAAACAUUGCCAAGGACUCUCUUCAAUAUUGGGAAGGAAGAUUAAUUAACACUUUCCAAGAAAUGAAAUCAUACACAUUCAAUGUUGCAUUACUUUCAAUAUUUGGGAAGGAUGAAGUUCUAUAUAGAGAAGAUCUUAAGAGGUGCUACUACAUUCUCGAGAAGGGAUACAAUUCAAUGCCCAUUAACCUCCCAGGAACACUCUUCAACAAAUCAAUGAAAGCAAGAAAAGAGCUGGCUAGGAUCUUGGCUAAAAUCUUGUCCACAAGGAGGCAAAUGAAGCUUGAUCACAAUGACUUACUUGGAUCUUUCAUGGGUGACAAGGAAGGUCUCACUGACGAUCAAAUUGCCGACAACAUCAUUGGAGUAAUCUUUGCUGCUCGUGACACCACAGCUAGUGUUUUGACAUGGAUUCUUAAAUACCUUGGAGAGAAUCCAAGUGUUCUUCAAGCUGUCACUGAAGAGCAGGAGGCCAUAAUGAGGAGUGAAGAAAAGGGUGAUGAGGAGAAGCUCCUUACAUGGGCAGAUACCAAGAAGAUGCCGAUAACUUCAAGGGUCAUUCAAGAAACUCUAAGAGUUGCCUCGAUUUUAUCUUUUACCUUCAGAGAGGCGGUGGAGGAUGUUGAAUAUGAAGGAUAUUUGAUCCCUAAGGGUUGGAAAGUCUUGCCACUUUUCAGAAACAUUCACCACAGCCCAGAACUGUUUCCAGAUCCUGAGAAGUUCGAUCCUUCAAGAUUUGAGGUUGCACCGAAGCCCAAUACAUUUAUGCCAUUUGGGAAUGGGACCCACUCAUGUCCUGGGAACGAGCUAGCCAAGGUGGAGAUUUUGGUGCUACUCCAUCACCUAACCACCAAGUACAGGUGGUCUAUUGUGGGUGCAAAUAAUGGGAUUCAGUACGGCCCUUUUGCCCUUCCCCAGAAUGGUUUGCCCAUCAUUUUAUCCCACAAGUCAUAGCAGAAUGAAUGGGGGAGAGAGAGAGAGCUCUCUUCCAAUACUACUAGGGCUACUACUACAGUACUACUAGCUAGCUAGCUAGAGCAUCAUCAUCUUCAGUUAGCUUGAUGCUCUCUACUUCCAUCAGAAGAUUGAUGGAGUGGGAGAGAAAGGGCUGGUCUUCGAAGGGAAGACCACUGUUUGACAUCAAGAGAUAUGACACACCUCCCAUGGACGGAAGAGUUAGUUUAAGAUUGGUAUACAGAAAGGGAACCCCAAGUGUACAGAAGAGUCUAGAAAGAAAAACUCAUUGCAAUCUACAUAUAGAUAUUAUCUUCAAUUAUUAUUAUUAUAUUUUUAUUUGUUUUUUUCUUGAUUUUUGGAGAAGAAACAAGGGAGUGCAUGGUAUCCGCAAGAGGGUGUUAAUACCCCCAAAUCGGGGAGUAUUUUGUAUCUAAAGCAAGGUUUAAUUAGAUUGCCGCAAGGCAGAAAUGAAGGGAAAUUCCAAAUUUCAUUCUCUUUAA